CACACCCAACAAAAACCAUGCAUAGCUUAAACUGUACACCUUAUUUUGCUAACAGGUGAAUAGCUAUGGCUGAGAGACAAGACAAUGAACAAGAGUACAUAUUCAGAAAUGUGCAACUCUUCAAGAAUGAUACCCUUGGUACUGGCUCCUAUGGGGUAGUGUGCAAAGCCAAGUGUGACCAGCUACUCUGUGCUGCCAAGCUACUCUAUCCAGUGCUCUUCCAAAUAGCCAUUCCAGAUCCUGGCAAAGAACAUAGACACCCGUUUAGAAGAUUUGAAACAGAGUGUGCAUUUCUGAGUCGUAUUAACCACCCCAACAUUGUGCAGUACUUGGGGACCUAUCGCGAUCCCGACACAAAUGCACCAGUUCUUCUCAUGGAGCUCAUGGACGAGAGUCUGACACACUUCCUGGAAUCAUCACCUGGACAUAUUCCCUACCACAUCCAAGUCAACCUCUCCUAUGACAUAGCUCAAGCACUUGCCUUCCUCCACUCUAACGAGAUCAUCCAUCGCGACCUCUCCAGCAACAAUGUCCUACUCAUUGCAGGCACUCGAGCCAAAGUCACCGAUUUCGGAAUGUCUAAAUUCAGGGACAUAAACGUCACCCGACUAGCCACAAUGACCACAUGCCCGGGAACACCAGCCUUCAUGUCUCCCGAGGCACUAAACGAACCACCAGUGUACACAGAGAAACUAGACAACUUCUCAUUUGGUGUGCUUCUAGUUCAGACCAUAACACGGCAGUUUCCAAAUCCAACCGAUCCAUUUAAAUCAAGAGAACUGGUUGAUCCACAAUUUCCAAAUCAAGCAAUUCAAGCUAACGUUCCAGUGCCCGAGAUAGAAAGAAGACAAGCCCACAUCAGCUUGAUUGAGCCCACCCACCCUCUACUGCCGAUUGCUCGUCACUGCCUCAAAGACAGAGAUGUUGAACGACCAUCUUCCCGACAGCUGUGCCAAACACUGGAUGCUCUCAAAAAGACAGCCAGGUACCAGGAAAGCUCCCAACAAGGCUUGCACCAGAUUAUCAAGGAGAAAGAUCAACAGUUACAAGCAAAUCAACAGAUGGUGACACAAAAAAAUGAGCAGUUACAUAUGUCCAUCGAAAUUCAAACCCUUCAACAUGAGGCUGAAAUCAGGGAGAGACAGCUAAGGCGAUCCAACCAAGAGUUGCAAUCCAGUGAGGAGAAUACUGCUGCCCUCCAACAAUCCAUCGAUCAACGAGACAGAGAAGUUACUCAACUGAGACAAACUUUGGCUAGUAAGAACGAGGAAAUUGAGGAUCUAUCGACUCGAAUGCAUCAAUUGGCGCUGCAAGACGGGAGACAACUAAGGAGACUCAACCAAGAGUUGCAAUCUAGUCAAGAGAACACUGCUGCCCUCCAACAAGCCAUCGAUCAACGAGACAGAGAAGUGACUGAACUGAGACCAACGCUGGCAAGCAAACAUGAAGAAAUUGAUGAUAUAUCGACUCGAACACACCAAUUUGCACUGCAAGACGGGAGACAAGCUCAAGCUACACCAAUUGCAAUAGUAAAGUGGGGAACACAACCUGAUGCACCUGUUGAUAUGGGAUAUGGAUCAUCAGCCGUAGUUGGAGACAAGGUAUACAUCACGUCGUGUGAAAGUGAAACUAGAUCUGUUUAUGAGUUCAGCAAUAAUCAGUGGCACAAGUUACAACGUUGUCGAAAUAGUAAAUUCACUAUUGUCAGUGUUGACAAUAUACUCACAACCGUAGGGGGAAAGUCAGGUACACAAAGCUAUAGUAACAAACUCUACAGCUAUGUUACCAACAAAUGGGUGAAACAUUUCCCUCCCAUGCCAACCAGACGAAGGGGACCUGGAGCUGUGUACGCUAACAACACACUUGUAGUGGCUGGGGGUUUUUAUGACACGAAUUGGUUAACUGUCGUCGAGAUAAUGAACACUGCGAAUAGGCAAUGGUCUACUGUUAGUUCUCUUCCUGUGCCAAUCGAGCACCCAUCAUCAACGAUCUGUGGAGACUAUGUGUACAUACAACCACGAACUAGCUUUAGUGAUGAUGAAGAGAAGUAUUCAGUGUACAAAUUCUCAUUAAGACAACUAACUCAGUCCCAGCCAAGCUCAGCUAUAUGGGAGAAGAUUUCCCCUUUGCCAGUUAGCAACUCCUCUCUUGUUGCUAUCAAUGGCCACCUCCUGGCAGUGGGUGGAGUUGACUCCAAUCGAGAUAGAUCUAAGGACAUAUACCAAUACAAAACGAUACUAUGGACUGUCAUUAGUCAAAUGUCAACACCUCGAUAUGCAUGCCUCACUGCUGUCCUCCCUGGAAACAAACUGAUGGUGGCGGGAGGAUAUGAUACACAGAGAAAAUGUGAAAUAGCUACUUUUGUAUAGUGUUAUAAACUUCUUUUGUGUCUUAUUGUAGUUAGUAUGUGCAAAGAUAAUCCUGUAGACACACACAUUUCAACAUCAAUUGUUACGAUUUAUCAUGUACUUCAGG